AUGCGUGGUGGCCGCACACCACCGGAUCUGCCCAAGGUCGAUGGCUGCGAGGACUUCGACGCGCUUGCGAGGAAGCUGAGCGUGUACUUUGUGCAGGCGAUUGAGGCACCGCAUGAGUGGGAUGAGCUCAGGAGAGAUGUCUAUGGGCAGGUGUUGAGGCCGCUGGUGCGGUAUUUGGUGGAUGAUGUGCAGCAUGAGGCGGUUGUUAGUGCUUUGCUGGCGCUGAAGUGGCAUUUCUCUGCUCUUGAGGCUGGAGAUGAUCGCGGCAUAAAUGAGACGCGUGGUCUGGCGUGCGAGCUGGUGGCCUGGCGCUUCGUGACUCACUUGUCAGAGCGAGAAACUAUCGACUUCCUUUGCUAUGAUCUGGCGCCUCCUCGAAAAGCACAAGAUCCGGCCCAGGGCAACGAAGAUCUGGAAAAUGCCGACUACGACGGAGUUCUGGAAGAUGCGUCCCACGAGCGCGCGCCUCUUAUGGACACUCCCGCGUUCGGACUCGAUGAGUCCUUUUAUGAUGAGCAUGUCCAACGAGACAGCAUCUGUGCGGAGGAGUCCGACUUCGCUUCCAUCUUCGCCAACCUGAAUGCUCUGGAGAUCGCAGCAGUCGCUAACGCAAAGGCUUUCCUGAGUCAGAAGUCGAUGCAGCAAAUCAUUAUGCGGAUCUGGACCGGUGACAUCGUCUUUUGGGAGACACUCAGUAAACGUUCUGUCAAGCGAGCGAAAGUCUACAGAAAGAGUCAGUCCGACCCUUUCUGUAGAUUGAGAGUGCCCUUGUACUUGAAGGCCUUUGAGGUGUUCUUCUUCGCGGCAUUCCUGGCCUUCUAUUACAUCGUGCUGGUGGAGAAACACACGAGCGCAAUAACAGUGCCCGAGAUCCUUCUUUAUGUGUGGCUGGCUGCUUUCUCUUACAACGAGCUUGUGGAGUUCUGGGACGCUGGUACGACGUUCUAUGCGACAGACUUCUGGUCACUGUGGGACCUUGGAAUCAUCUUCGUGGGAGUUGCUUUCUUCGGCACCCGCAUUGCUGGACUGGUGCGCCAAGACCAUGUUGUUACCGACGUUGCAUUCGACAUACUAUCUGUCGAAGCUCUGUUUCUGGUGCCAAGGAUCUGCUCAUUACUUAGCCUGCACCCGUACUUUGGCAUGCUGAUACCCGUUUUGAAAGAGAUGGUAGGUUGGGAUCGACUGCCUGACCUGACGAAGCUGACCACAGCGCAGACAAAGGACUUCGUUAAGUUCCUCGGCCUUGUCGGCAUCUUGUACCUUGGCUUCAGCACAUGCUUCUCUUUCUUGGCACGGGGCAACUACACAUUCGCGAAAAUGAACUGGAUCCUGAUCAAAGUCUUCUUUGGAUCAAGCUAUUUGGGAUUCAUUUCUCCAGUACUUGGAACCUUGAUCAUGUUUGUGUUCGUAUGCAUGACGAACAUCCUACUGAUAACGUCUCUCAUCUCGUUGUUGAGCAACAAGCUUGACAAGGUCAUGCUCCAUGCUCGCGACGAGUACUUGUUCGUCUACAGCGUUUUCGUCCUCGAAGCCAGCACGAGCAAUAGGCUCACAUUCUUCCUCCCUCCACUGAAUCUGCUGCCUCUGGCACUUCGCCCCUUGCGGUUGGUCCUCCCGCCUGAACAGCUGCGAAGUGCUCGCAUCAUCUUGCUCAAAGCGACCCACUGGCCUUUCGUGUUGCUGAUUCUGGCCUACGAGCGCGGGCGCUUAUGGCAGGCAGAUCGCCGCAGAGCCGGCUCGUCAAGCAGUUCCAACAGGCUCAGGCAUAACUCUGCAGCCACCCUGCGAAGACCACUGACACGCAGGACCUUGUCUGGCAGGCCGUCUCUAUUGGACGAUCAACCGCGUUCAGGCAGAUCAUCCGCAGAAGUGCCUGCCACGGCUCCUACAGCGGCACCUGAAACCAUUGAAGGCCUUGGAGCUGCCGUUGCUAAUCUCAGCGCACAAGUCGAAGUGCUCACCAAGAUGCUUUCGCAGGAGAAAGCUGCCUAA